GCGAUGCUGUCCAGCAGGAAAUCGGCGAGGGUGCCCAAGUGCGCCCGCUGCAGGAACCACGGCAUGAUAUCCACCCUGAGGGGUCACAAGAAGCAGUGCAUCUACAAGAGCUGCAACUGCGCCAAAUGCGGGCUGAUCAAGGAGAGGCAGCGGAUCAUGGCCGCCCAAGUGGCGCUCAAACGUCAGCAGGCAGCAGAAGACGCUAUCGCGCUUCACCUGGCUUCCGCCGAAGGCGGAAAAAGCUACGACUACCUGCCUCCCGGCAGGAUAUACGGGAUGCAAGUCACGUCUCCGGAGACUAACAGUUCCGAAUCGCUACAGUCGGAAAAAGAGACCUGCCCACAGGAAAAGAAGACGGAUGACGUGGCCGUCACUCCUGGCUCGGUGGAAAUGCUAGGCAAGCUGUUUCCCACCAAGAAACGAGCCGUUUUGGAACUCGUCCUCAAAAGGUGCAACCACGACCUGCUGAAAGCGGUAGAGCAUUUCAGCAGCACCAAAUCCAGACAGGAAGAGCACCACGUCGAAGAGACUCGGCCGGAAGGCGCGUCUGCUUUCAGACCGGUCUCGAACUCAUCGAAAGGGACCCCCAGGUCUGCAUUCCCUGGGAUCCACGCCAACCCCAUACCUCUGAUAUCGAGCGAGGUGUUCAGCUUUUACCCGUUCUUUCCGCUGUUCCCCAAGCCUCUGGUCAGCAAUCCGGUCUACGUGCCGGGAGUGUGUGAGUGUGAUCAGUGCAAGCACAUAGCCUACAGUUCCGUUAGAGAGUAGACAGUGAUGACUAUAGACCUGGUUAUGUUUUACGUGUUAAUGUCACUUUGUGAAGGUCUAUUUAAGACUCUCCCAUAUCUUAUCUCGAUAAUUACGGCGCCUAACUUG